AUGAGCGCCGAGCCGAGCACACCAAAACAAGAGCCAACCGAGCAACAAACGCCGGGAAAAGACGAAAAACAGGAGAAUAAGAAGGGAAAAACUCCGGUUGUCGUUCCACUUCCACACGAGACACCGGCGGCCGUCCGUAAUCGUCGUCAUAUUCAGGCUGAAUUGCACAUCGGAUCGCCGUCUGAUAAUCAACUCUCACCGUGUACCACUAAAAUAUUCGGAAAGAGAGCCGGAAUCUCUGGACCAGCUGCAAUUCUUCGCACCAAGCAGCAAUCGACAAUUCCGUUCAAAAUGGACGAAGAGUGA